CAGGUAGAGGAGGGCUGAGAGGGCUUGGUGACAAAGGAAGGUGGCCAAGUAACGAUGAACCGCUUCCGAAAGUGGCUGUACAAGCCCAAGAGGACGGACCCUCAGCUCCUGGCACAAUUCUAUUACGCUGAUGAGGAGCUCAACCAGGUGGCCACUGAACUGGACAGCCUGGACGGCAGGAAGGACCCUCAGAGAUGCACCCUGCUGGUCAACCAGUUCAGAUCCUGUCAGGACAACGUGUUGAACAUUAUCAGUCAGAUCAUGGAUGAAUGUAUCCCCAACAACCGGGCCAACAGAGACUUUUGUGUCAAGUUCCCCGAGGAGAUUCGUCAUGACAACCUGGCAGGGCAACUGUGGUUUGGAGCUGAGUGUUUGGCUGCAGGCUCCAUCAUCAUGAACCGGGAGAUAGAGAGUAUAGCUAUGAGACCCCUGGCUAAAGACCUGACUCGCAGCCUAGAGGAGGUACGCAACAUCACCAGAGACCAGGCCCUGAGAGACCUUAACCUGUACACAGACCGCAUGAAAGAGGCGUUACGACAUUUUGACAGCCUUUUUGCUGAGUUUGAGCUCAGCUAUGUGUCCGCCAUGGUGCCUGUGAAGUCUCCCAAAGAAUACUAUGUACAGCAGGAGGUGAUUGUGCUCUUUUGUGAGACUGUGGAGAGGGCCCUGAAGUUGGGCUAUCUCACACAAGACAUGAUCGACGACUAUGAACCUGCACUCAUGUUUACAAUUCCCAGACUAGCCAUUGUGUGUGGGCUUGUUGUGUUUCCUGAGGGACCUCUGAACCUUGACCGGAAAUCUGAGGACAUGUCUGAUCUCUUCAGGCCUUUUCGCACUUUGUUGAAGAAAAUAAGAGAUCUCCUGCAAACUCUCACGGAGGAGGAGUUGAUGACGCUCGAGAGGAACCUGUGUAUUUCUCAGGAAGGAGAGUUGUCCACGGGCCAGGGGCUGGCCACAAGCAACAUACCAGCACAAAUCCAAGAGAACUGCUCAUCCUGCAGCCUUACAAGUGACACCUCAUAUGGGGAGGGUGAGGGGGGAGAGGAACAAAUGCCUGUGUUUGUUGUCACUGAUAGGGAGGAGGAAUUGGCAGCGGUAGAAAAUGGCUGGGAGGAGGUGGAAACCCAAAGCGGGGAGGAGGAACAGGAAGAAGGCCUGGUCUGUGAGGAGGCGGAGGAGGCCGAGUUGGCGUGCUCCAUGCAGUAUGAUGAGGAGGAACUGGAACAACUCAACAUGAUGGUGUAUCGCGUGGGGGACGAGAUGUCUACUCUGCUGUCCCCUCCAAGCCAAGGUCAGUCUCCAGCCCAUCAACCCAGCAAAAAAGAGCCUGGAGGCUCCAGUGGAGCUUCCAGCACUGAAGCCUCCCCACGAAGAACCUUGGGGAGCCGUGGACGGACAGGCAUCCAUGUAGAGGAGGAGGACAGGGUCUUUUUCAUGGAGGACCUGGAUGCAGCAGGUGAGGGCAUCACCAGUGUUGCAAAAGAAGCAAGUAGUUGUCUCGUCUCUUCUUCUAAAGAGUCUACAUUUCGUGUGCAGCACAAGCUCGAAACACAGCCUUACUCUAGAAGGAAUGGUUGGUACUCUGAGACUACAUCAGAGCAUCCUUGUUCACAGCCGCGCAGCAUGAACACGCGCUGCUCGGUGGCAAAGCGCCCCCCGUGCACGCCAACCUCUUGUUCCGAACCUCUGCCUUACAGCAACGGGUGGGAAAUGGGUUUAGAAGGGACAGCAUCUGAAACAGCUGAGAUCAUUGCCCACCGCAUGGGAGGGAUGAAGCUGUCGGCCACAGUCAUCUUCAACCCUCGCUCCCCCAGCUUGACAGAGCUGGCAGUGGACAAGUUGCUGCUGCCUCUGCCACCUCCCUCUGAGAUUGAGCCCUGUGGCCCCCUGGUGGCCACUCAUUGCCUGCUUAACUCCUGUGUCUGCUGCGGGAGCUGCGAGGACAGUCACGAGGAUGCAAUCGCCGCUGACGCCGCAGGGCUCGGGUUAGGCCUUGGUCUGGGACUGGACAAACAUUGUAAGACCUCAGCUCCCAGCACUGUUAUCCAGUCUGCCGCCUGCCAGCUUCCUCAGCCUGCUCAUGAACCUUUCAGUAAAAGUGAGGGCCCCCAGCUGACUCCACCUUCUUCCCAUUACUCCUCAGAGCCGCUAGAAGAGGAUUCAAAUUCCCAGCUUUGUGACAAGUGCCUGGUGGUGUCUUCAGGGCAGGGGCAUCUCUCUCAGGACUGCAGCUCUAGAAAAGGAGAGACAGUCUCCACAUGUAACCACCAGCAGAGGACUGAAAGGAAGCAGCAUGCCAGUGGAGGGCGGGAGAGUGAUAAGGAGGAGGGUAACAGCAUACCAGAUAAAAAGGAAUUCAGGCGGGACACCAAAGAGGACAACAGGAGAAGCUCCAGUUUUCAGAACUCUCCCCUCAGCUCUGUGUCAGGUAGUGACUGUGAGAGUGUGUCGGUAACCACAUGUAGUCUUUCCAGCAGUGCAUAUACUCCCAGUCCUGUUAGCAGUCUUACUCCCAGCUCUGGGACGUCAGACGAACUGGACCACCAGGAGAUCAAGCUGGCCCUGCAUGACACCAAGGUGGCAUCGAGGAACAAGAUCCGAUCCCGUUUCCACAGCAGCAGUGAUCUUAUCCACCGUCUCUUUGUUUGCAUAUCAGGUGUUGCUGAUCAGCUGCAGACCAACUAUGCUAGUGACCUUCGUAACAUCCUCAAAACGCUUUUUGAAGUCAUGGCAACCAAAUGUGAGCAAGGAGACAACGAUAAGCAAAAGAAAGGUCCUGUUCUGCGCAGUGCAGUGCUGGAGGACUGUGCUCUGUGUCAGGAGACCAUUUCAUCAUCAGAAUUGGCAGCCAAAGCCCGGGAAGGCCAGUUCGAAGACCCUCCAGACUGGGUCCCUGAUGAUGCCUGCAGCUCCUGCAUUGCCUGCAAGGCUCCCUUCACCGUCAUCCGUAGGAAGCAUCACUGUAGGAGCUGUGGAAAGAUUUUCUGCUCUCGUUGCUCUUCCCAUUCUGCUCCGUUGCCUCGGUAUGGCCAAGUUAAACCCGUCAGGGUUUGCACCCACUGCUACAUGUUUCAUGUCACGCCUUUCUACAGCGACAAGCCCGCCAUCUGAACCUGAAUCAGUACCUAUAACACAGUCUGCUACAAGAGCAUAUGCAACAGACAGAACCACCGCUGCGAACAAAACGCAAAUGCAACACUGCGCUGGUAAUCCUUAAUGGUCAUGAUUGUACCUCCUGAGCACGGCUUCAGAGUAAUGUCACUGUAAAUGAGACGAGCAGAAAGUCCAGACUAAUGUGUCAUUGAGUCCAAGAGUGAUUUUUUUUGUGCGC